CUCGCAGAGGCGCAAAAGUAGCAGCCCUGCUUUGGGAGCCCAGAGGAGGAGAGAGCUCCAGGGCGCUCAGGACGCGCGGGAGAAUCUUUCCCCGAGCUUUCUGCCUAGGGAAGGGCUCAGCUUUCCAGCGCACAUCCAAGGCUUUCAGCUCAUCCAGAGCCAAGUGACGGGGCAAUUAGAGAGAAGGUGCUUGCUGGCAUAUCCUGUCCUAAAAAAGUGAGACUGCUACUUGAUUUGAAUAGCCAGAAAUAUUCGCUACCGCGGCCGCGACCGCAGCAGCAAGAAUAAGAAAGGCGAAAUUGAUUAAGGACCGGAUCCUCUCUAAGUCUCCCGACUGGCAUGGCAUCUGUCCUAGGGAGCGGCAGAGGGUCUGGAGGGCUAAGCAGUCAACUCAAAUGCAAGUCCAAGAGGAGAAGGAGGAGGAGGUCCAAGAGGAAAGACAAAGUAAGCAUAUUGUCAACCUUCCUUGCUCCCUUCAAGUACCUAAGUCCUGGCACCACAAACACGGAGGAUGAAGACAAUCUAAGUACCAGCAGUGCUGAAGUGAAGGAAAACCGAAAUGUGAGCAACCUGGGGACUAGGCCUCUGCCCCCUGGAGACUGGGCCAGAGGCAGCAUGCCCAGCAUUAAAAGGAAAAGGCCCUUGGAGGAAGGAAAUGCGGGGCAUUUCUGCAAACUCCAGCUGAUCUGGAAGAAGCUCUCCUGGUCUAUGACACCCAAGAAUGCGCUGGUCCAGCUGCAUGAGCUGAAGCCGGGUCUUCAGUACCGGAUGGUGUCACAGACUGGCCCAGUGCACGCCCCAGUCUUUGCAGUGGCUGUAGAAGUGAACGGACUCACGUUUGAAGGCACAGGACCCACUAAGAAGAAAGCCAAGAUGCGGGCAGCAGAAAUGGCCCUGAAGUCCUUCGUGCAGUUCCCCAAUGCAUUCCAGGCCCACCUGGCCAUGGGCAAUAGUACUAGUUCAUGCACUGACUUCACCUCUGACCAGGCCGACUUCCCUGACACUUUGUUCAAGGAGUUUGAACCAUCCUCAAGAAAUGAGGAAUUCCCAAGCUGUCGUCCCGUCGACACUGAAUUUCUGUCCUCCGCCUACAGGCGAGGACGGCUGCUUUGCCACACACUGGACCUCAUGGGCCAGGCUCUGCCUGACAGGUCCAGGCUGACCCCUGGGGCCCUGGGUGAGAGGAACCCUGUAGUGGUGCUGAAUGAGUUACGCUCAGGUCUGCGGUAUGUGUGCCUCUCGGAAACAGCCGAGAAACCCCGAGUCAAGAGUUUUGUCAUGGCUGUGUGCGUGGACGGGAGGACAUUCGAAGGCUCUGGACGCAGCAAGAAGCUGGCCAAGGGCCAGGCAGCACAAGCUGCCUUGCAGGCCCUCUUCAACAUCCGUCUACCUGGCCACAUGCCCAGCAGGAGUAAAAGCAACCUCUUGCCACAGGACUUUGCAGACUCUGUGUCCCAGCUGGUCACACAGAAGUUCCGUGAACUGACAGUCGGUCUGACAUCUGUGUAUGCCCGCCACAAAACACUGGCAGGAAUCGUCAUGACAAAAGGCUUGGACACCAAACAAGCGCAGGUCAUCGUCCUGUCCUCUGGGACCAAGUGUAUCAGCGGUGAGCACAUCAGUGACCAAGGGCUCGUUGUCAACGACUGCCACGCUGAAAUUGUGGCCAGGCGGGCAUUUCUUCACUUCCUCUACACUCAGCUGGAGCUGCACUUGAGCAAGCAUCGAGAGGACUCCGAGAGAUCAAUAUUCAUUCGUUUAAAGGAAGGAGGCUACAGGCUUCGAGAAAACAUCCUCUUCCAUCUCUAUGUGAGCACAUCCCCCUGCGGAGAUGCCAGACUCAACUCUCCCUACGAAAUCACGACAGAUUUGAACAGCACCAAACACAUCGUUAGGAAGUUCCGAGGCCACCUGCGUACCAAGAUUGAGUCUGGGGAAGGGACAGUCCCUGUCCGGGGCCCCAGUGCAGUCCAGACGUGGGAUGGCAUCCUGCUGGGGGAGCAACUAGUCACCAUGUCCUGCACAGACAAGAUUGCCAGCUGGAAUGUGCUGGGACUACAAGGCGCUCUCCUCUGUCACUUCAUCGAGCCUGUGUACCUCCACAGCAUCAUUGUGGGAAGUCUGUACCACACUGGCCACCUUGCACGGGUCAUGAGCCACAGGAUGGAGGGCAUCGGCCAGCUGCCUGCCUCAUACCGGCAAAACAGGCCUCUCCUUAGUGGCGUGAGUAACACCGAGGCCCGGCAGCCAGGAAAGUCUCCCCACUUCAGUGCCAACUGGAUCGUGGGCAGUGCAGACCUGGAGAUCAUUAAUGCCACAACUGGCAAGAGGAGCUGUGGGGGCUCAUCCCGGCUCUGCAAGCACGUGUUUUCUGCUCGGUGGGCACGGCUGCAUGGUAGGCUAAGCACUCGGAUCCCCAGUCAUGGAGACACACCGUCCAUGUACUGUGAGGCCAAGCUGGGGGCUCACACCUACCAGUCUGUUAAACAGCAACUCUUCAAGGCUUUUCAGAAAGCUGGUCUUGGCACCUGGGUGAGAAAACCACCAGAGCAAGAUCAGUUUCUACUAAGUCUCUAAGUCACUAGACUCCUUUGCUAUUGGACCAGAGUGAAGCUUCUGGACAGGAUGCAGCCGUGUGACGGAGUGGUGUGUCCAUUGAUUCUUGACAUUUGUUCUCCUUUGGUGUUCAGAAAUCCAUGCAUUUAUGUUUGGAUGAGAGACUAUAUUUGAGUUUGGGUCAUGCUGCUUCUUCCUGGGUUGUUAGUUCCAAGAACUCUGUCCACAAAGCUAGAGGCAAAGCACUAUUGCAUCAGUCCCAUCCCUUACUGAGUAUCAAAAGGAAUAAUCUGUUCAGGCAAAGGAAUCUUAGAAGCAAAAUUGAAAAGUGCUACUGAAGUAUAGCCUCAUACACUGUCCUCUGUGCUUCCUUCCCCUUCGUGGGCCUCUCCAGUGGUGUGAUUAAGUCUCACCCACACAAGUUUAUGUGACUUCAGGAUAAGCCACAGGUGAAAAGAAAAGCCAUGGGCUCCCCAACCCCAAAGAACUCAACAGGAAUGCUAUAUUGUUUUCAUUAUUCAUUCAGUCCUUUCCACCUUCUUCCAAAAAGGACUUGAGAUGGACACUGUUAAAGAGCAACUAAAGUAAAUGAAAACCAUGUUUAUGACACAAAGAGAUAGUUACCUUAGACACAAAAGAAUCAUGACCUGUGAUCUAAGAGAACUGCUUUUAAACUGCCCAAUGGUAGAAUGUUUCAAACAAACCCAGGCCUAUCCACUUGAUCACAAUCUUUUCAUUGAUUUUUGUAGAUAAUGACAGCCAUGAAAGUGAGAAUUAUAGAAUGGCUAGCUACGACCCAAUAAUCUCUAUAUUAGGUAAUAGUAAUGAAACUGAGUCUUAGAUCAAAUUCUGAAUUUUUAAAUGGAUUUUUAUUAUAAAUAAAGCACACACAUACAUAAAACACUCAACAAAACCUUUAGGUUUGUGGAGCUACUUGCUCUCUGUCACUUUAGGUUCCUUAAUCAUCAUCUUGCAUGAAUAAAAUAAUAAUAAUUGUAACAAUAAUAGUGAUGGCUUAACUGUCAAAUUAAAGACAAUGAGCAUCAAAGUUCAUGGCUAGACAUAGAUCAGUUUACUAUUUAUCUUAUAUCAUCAUCCCUAAGCAGUGAAGAUACAGGCAAAGGAAGACAUGACACUAAUAUAGUUUUAGUCAGCCCAUGUUCCUUGAAUUAAUUUUUUCCAUUUGGAGCUCAUUUCUAACAUUCAUCAAACUAGUUAACAUGUGUAUAAUCUUUUUUAAAUCCCAUCUGGUGGGAUGUAGAGAUUGCUCAGAAGUUAAAUGAACUUGGUACUCCUAGAGAGGACUCUUGUUCAAUUCCCAGCACCCACGUGGCAGCUUACAACCAUUCAUAACUCCAGCUCCAGCAGUUACAACACCUUCUUCUGGCCUUUGAGGGUUCCAUGCACCCAUGAAGUACAUAUAUGUACAUGUGGGAAAACUACCAUAUACAUAAAAUAAAAAUUAGUAAAUCCUUUUUAAUACCAUGUGAACUGCAUUAUUUUUUGUUUUGUUUUGUUUUAAAAAUUGUAGAAGGAACUACUUCUAGAACAGGGGAUUCCUGGUUAGAAUUCCCUCUCAUCAAUAAUCAAUAAAAAUUCAAUUAUAUCAUGAUGUACAUAUUCUGACAUAUAUUGCAGGGGUCAUAGGAAUGAGGCAAACAUGAAAUACAUUGAAUUGUAGCUAUCUGAUAGAAUAAAAAGAAAAGGGGAGAUAUUAAUUCCUUUGAUUUAUUAUGAGACCACAUUUAUCACUAAAGUCCUUUGAGAAAAGAAUAUGAACACCAUUGUAAAAACAUUUCAAGAUACCCUUUCAAAGACAUGCAAAUGUUUUGAAAAUAAAUGAUUUAUAUUAAUCUUUAAUAAAUACUGAGGAAAAUGGAAUCUUCACUCAGUGUAAAGGCUAUGUAGUAAUCUCUGAUAACUUGAUGUAUAAUUAGGAGAAAGGUUAGAAACGCAGGAAACCUUGGGAGCUGAGUUGUGGCUUAGAUGUCUUUCAGUCACUAGGUACAGUUACUUCCUGGCUGAAAUCUAAGACCCUCCCUCAAAUCAUUUGUAUUCUGAAGGGUGGAAUGGAGAAUGCAGAACACUUUCCAUAUCAGAGUGCUCCAAACAAUGUUGUUGGUUAUAAAAAGAUUGGCAUUAGCUGCAGGGCCUUAAAUGUCUCCAUCAUGUGAUGGAAAAAGGAAGAAUGGGACACCUUUCAAGUAUUCUCAGUAAAUACCACCACUUUGGCCUGUCAGAGACAUAGAAAGAAGCUGCUUACCCAGCAGUGAACACCAUCAUAUUCAUACAUUGCUGGUCUAAGGUUAUGAACACGGUGUCUAAGUUACUGAUUUUCCAGAAACAACCCAAACUUUCCUAAAGAUAUCUCCUGAAAAAGAAAAACCAUCAAUUGAAUUCAUUCUCCCCCUUAGCACUAAAGUAGAAAUCCACACAUUUAUUUCAAUUAUAUGAAUGUGUGUUGGUAUGUGCAUGUGUGUGCAGGUGCCUACAGGAGGCUGAAGAGGGUGACUGAAGCACUGGAGUUAGAGUUACAGGCAGUUUUGAGACACCCUAUGUGGGUGCUGGGAAUCAAACUUGGGUCCUCUGGAAGAUGCUCUUAAACACUGAGCAAACUCUCCAGCCCUGAGUAUCACUAUUAAGACAACAGGCGAUUCCUAGAGAGGAGAGCUAGGGGAUACACAUAUGUCUAUAGCAGUAGAAGAUGUUUCUAAUGCUACAUAUGUGAUUUUAAUAGUUUUUUAAUAGUUGACUAUCUUGCAAGAUCCUUGUCAAAGUGAGUGUGAAAUAAGAGGGAGAUGGGAGGAAGAAAUCAGAGGGUCCCUGAAUCUGUUCAAUGAAUAGAGAAUUGCUGAAAUUAUCUAAAGUGAACCCUGCCACAUGCUGAGAAGCAGAGGUCAUGAAAGUCAAUCUUCGAGAAACAGGAAAAAACAAAGAGGCAUUAUGAGGAAAGAAUGAAAGACCUGUUUCAUUUAUUAUCUAGAGCAGACAGGUAGCCACAUCAGGAUUUCACACUUACACCAUACUGGGACAUAUACGUGCUGCCCCAGAUCUACAGAAACCCACCUACUCUAGAAGUAGCUGGUCACAGGAUCUGGUGUACAUGGAAUAAACCCUGGAAGAGUGAGUAGCAAAAGCCUAAGGGUUUUUCUCACCUUGGUAUCCACAAAAGCAUCUCAACCUUACUUUAGGCUGCCCUGCAUUUUAACUACUGAAUUAGUGUCUUGGGAGCAGCUCAGAAAAGCCCCAUCUGAAAUUUCUAUAAGAAUGAAACACAAAUAGGUCAUAUUUAUCUUUUCAUCACCUUGGAAACAAAUACAGUAGAACUAAUCUAAAAGAAUAUAGUUAGAAUAUAAAGAGGGCCUGCAGGUAUCUUAGCCACCAGGGCUGUUGCUUGUCCACCUGAUUUAUGCCAAAACUACCCCCUAUCUUUCUAUGAUCUUUACACAUUUUGUUUCCAAAUCUUCUGUAUUGACACCCAUUGAGUCUCACUCUUAGUCCAAAUAGAAAUCAGCAUCAUCUUCAUCUGCCUCUAACACACUUUGCUUUCCUAUUGUGGAGAUAAGCAAUUUAAGGCUUCCUGCCUGGUUCUCAGUCAAAAAGCCGGUGUCUGUUCAUUUGUGAACCUUUGCAAGGAUUGAGCCCCAUGGUAAAGUCCACGAGGACACAGAAGCUCUGCUCAUCCACCUCCAGCAAAAGAUUUCAAAACAAUGUAUAAUAUCAAGUUACUGAAGUUAGGAUAUCUUUGGAUUUUGUUUUUUGCCCGGGAAAAGAUUUGCAAGUCUCUGGCAAUUGCUUUCUUUUGACUUCUGAGAUCCUCUUUAACCUGUAUAUAUCUAUAAUGUCACUAUUGAUUUUGUGGUGUCUUGUUGUCUCUCACAAAUGUCAGGCUAGGUUACUUUUCCAAAAGAUGCAUAGCUCAUAUUUUUUCCAUAUAGUUUCCUUUUCACAGGAUGGUUCUUACCAAUAAAUUUAAAUGUUUUUGUAUAGUAUUUACCAUAUUUGAUGAGCCAUACAUAGUAAAUACAUAGUAUAUCAAUGCCCAGAAUAGAAUAGUUGCAGUAUUUUGAUGAAAUCCUAUUUUUAGAUUAUAAAUUUCAAGCUGAGUCUAUAGUAUCUUGUUUAAAAAAUUUAAAAGACAACUGAAAUUUAAAUAGAGUAGACUUUUUAUUUAGGGAAACUUCUAUGAUCAUUUUUAAGAAGCCAUUCUAAUAAAAUGACCUAAUUGGCCCAAAAGAUAAUAAAUAUCAGUUUCUCAUAGAAGCCAAAGGAAAUUUAGAAAAUUUCUUUCUUUUUAUGUACUACCAGUUGACUGCUGUGACCACUUUUUCUGGCCAAAGUCUCAGCAUUCAGCAAAGCCUGUUUAUCCAUCACUCUUGUCUAGGACAAUUUUCAGAAUUCACAGUCUUGUAUAGGGAUAUGCUGAACAUUUUGAAGAACUAUCCCAGUUUUGAAUGUUUGCAGAGUUCAUGAAGGAGUAGAGAAUGCAAAGUACUGCCCCAGGAAAGGGUAUAACACCAAGAAUCAACCUUUAUCUGGGCAUGGGGGAAAGAAGUGAUAUAAUGUUGUUAGGGAUGACAUGGGUAGGGCCGUACAAGUGGGGAUUGGGGUAUUUCUAUGGAUGGAUUUGAAAAUGUUGGGCCCAUGGUGCUGUCCGUGGUUCUGACUCAUCGUUAAACAUGGAAACACAACUAUUUCUGGGAACACUAGGGUAUCAGUGGCUCUUGUAAAAGUUCUUUCACAAAGUUUGAAUCAGAUAAGUGAUGGUGGAGCAAUAAGAAAACGAAAAAAAAUGGCAUAGAUGGAGGCCACCAGAGAGAUGUCAUGGAGAGCAGAGCAUUGUCCCAUGUAGUUUCUCCAACCCCAAGUCUGAGGAACCAGAAAAUGGGGUUUUUCAUUCUCCCAGCAAUGCUACUUCUUUAGAUUCUUUUCUCAUCCCUCCAGGGCUCCCCCCAACACCACAUUCCUAUUGUUUGUGCUUCCCUCCUACUAAACUUCCACUCUCUUUUUUCUGGUCCCCCGGUAUACCUGAGAGGAAUGAAGUAGCAGGCAAAUUGGUGCUCACAGUCGGGAGGGAAGCUCACUAUGUGUUCAUGUGGUAGCAUGACUACAGGGAUUUACAGUGAUCAUUCUGGACUCCCAAAGCAUGUCCAUUUCAGCUGACCUCCAACAAAAGAAUCACAGAUGACCACAUCUCAAGAAAUUUAAACCAAAUGAUAUCACCCCUUCAGGGAAAUGUACAGUAUAAACCUGGAGAAAAUACCACCUUAUUUCCCAACUCAUCAGUUUUUAAAAGGUUUGGAGAAAUGAUGUACCAUUUUAAAAAUAAAUAUAAACUUAUCUGGAUUCUAGUGCCUCUUUCACAUGGGUACCCGAUUUCUAUCACCUGGAAGUCUGUGAAUCGGUUUAAUCAAAUCUUUCCAAGUGGUGCCCAGCUAAUUUUCAGCACUUUUUAAGUAAAAUGAAGUUAAAAAUAGUCAUUCUUCGUUGAUGGUAUGUACAUUAAAAAGCAUGAUCGAAUGGCAAUAUUGUAUCAAUGGAUGUAUAUUUGUAAUAUUUGUAAAAUAAAAUCCAAACCCUUACAAUAUGAAUUUACAUAUGUUAAUUUGCCUCUUCUGAGUUCUGUAAAUUGCACUUUGGUGAUACCAGAUAAGUGAAUGUUUCUCUUAAGUGAAUAAAAAUAUUAAGUAAA